AUGCUACAUGGGUACCGAAAAUUGAAAGGCGUACCAAUUGAUGCUAUUCGGAAAUUAGCUCGUCUUUUCAUCACAGAAAAUGUGUUCACCUAUGAGAAGAAAUUCUAUCGACAAGUCGUCCGCGGAGCAAUCGAAUCUGCAUUCACUUCAACAUUGGCGAAUAUAUUCAUGUGCAAAUGGGAAAAGGAAUUUUCCCAACGACAAGCAUCUUCAAACGAAAUCUAUGACCAACGGUUAAUAAUUUUCACCCAAACAUUAAACUGGCGCGCAACAUUGGAUGCGAUGUGUCGUUUUUGGUUGUUCUUAUCAAAAACAAGGAUGGCACCUCAACAACAUCAGUUCAUCAUAAAAGCAGCUGAACUGUAUGUGGUACAGUUUACAUCUAAUCAUUCCAAACACGUAUUUGGAAAUAUCAUCAAUACUGCUCUCUGGCGAGCGGUUCAAUACUCCUCAACAUUAGCAGUAUUUGACGACGAGCAACAGUUCGUCAAGUUGAUGUUAUUGUAUAACGGCUAUCCGCCUCGAUUUAUUUAUGCACAAUUCAAUAGAUUCGCCAAUCAAAAUAGAAUGGAUCGAAAUGUAGUAGACGCUUAUCAUAGUGAAAAAGACUUCAUCGAGAGGUGCCAUGAAUUAUUGAAUAAAACAACUAUUCAAGGAAUUGCCAUACAAUCAAAUAUCUUCAAAGCGUCAUGUGGCACCAUCGAAGAAUUUAUGAGUGAAUCCGCGGUUCAAUUUCAGAAAACAGGUCCAUCGAAAUGGGAUUCAAGCGUUAUUAUCUAUUAA